AUGACUACCGUAGAGGUGCGAGCUCCGGCGACCACGGCAAAUCUGGGACCGGGAUACGACUGUCUGGGGAUGGCCCUGGACAUUUGGAACCGUUUGACAGUUUCUACGCUACCCGCGGGCAGCACGCCAACGGUGCAGGUGAACGGCGAGGGUGAAGGCGAGUUGGCCGGCGAUACCGACAACCUGACCUACCGGGCAAUGGCUUUCCUGUACGACGAAGCCGACACGCCAAUUCCACCUCUGGAACUCGUUUGCCAAAACGGUAUCCCGUUGAGCCGGGGAAUGGGCAGCAGCGCGGCCGCUAUAGCCGGCGGGCUGGUGGCCGCUAACGCAUUGCUAGACGAACCGUUCUCCGCCAACGACUUGCUCGAAAUGGCGGCCACCAUUGAAGGGCAUCCGGACAACGUGGCAGCGGCCGUGCAUGGCGGGCUCCGGUUAGUCGUGAUGGAGGACAACCAGAUAUACACGGCGCCCAUCAGGAUUCCAGCGGAAUUGCAGGCCGUGCUGUUCAUCCCGGAAAAUCGCAUCGCCACCGUGGAUGCCCGGAGGGUACUGCCCGCCGAAAUCAGCGUCGCCGACGCGGUGUACAAUAUGAGCAGGGCUGCUUUGCUGGUGGCCGCCAUGGAAGGCAACCGACCGGAAUACCUGAAAAUUGCUACCCAGGACCGCCUGCAUCAACCUUACCGCGAAACGAUUUUUCCGCCGAUGAAAGUGAUUUUUGCAGCGGCUCGCGACGCCGGCGCGUUGGGUGUUUUCCUGUCGGGCAGCGGCAGCGCCAUCAUGGCUUUGACUCAGGAGCGUGCAAUGACGGUGGCCUACGAAAUGUUCGACGCGGCCCGGUUGUGCGGCGUAGAGGGUCGGGUAGAAGUUACCACCCCGACCGAGCUGGGCGCACACGUGGUAUCCGUGUCGUCCAACGACUGA